AUGUCUCAUGAAAAGGACGGAAUAGAUGCACAUGAAACACCUGAAUCCGACUCGGUUCCAUCUCAACCCAAGCUUCGUUUCUACUUCCAGCCACUCUGCGGUAUUUUUAUCCCACUUGCCUUUGCAGCGUAUUACCUCUGGACAUACUUUGUCUGGCUCCAGCCGUCAAGCAAUCCUUUGGCCGACAUCAAUAAGCCCCCCCCCAACGGCAAGUAUGUCUGGUGGUCAUGGUUUAUUAUCGGCGCAAUUGGGUUAAACAUCUCGGACUAUACUCUCGGAGGCGUUGAGGCUGCUAUGAUGACGACCGGUAUAUUCAAACCAACAACUGAGGAAGAGCUCAGAAUGCACAGGGACCUGCGCUGGAGCAGCCUGAGAGACUGGGGAACCGUGGCCUACCGUAUUGUCUUCAAGAAAGGAAACAACGUACCGCGCAACUGGCUGUGGAGAAUACUAUUUGGCUUGAGUGUCUUAUCUUGGUCAUUUGCGCUGUCUGGUUUGACCAUGCAGACUCAGGAUGGAUACAAGGCCGGGAACGUACCAGGAACCAACGUCACGGGCGUAAAUCAAGGAUCCAUGGGCCUUAGAGCCAGCGCUGACAUUAUUAAUGCAGCCUCCUAUCUAUGGACGCUUGAUUCAGCACCUCAAAUUCCUUCCGGGAGCGCGCUUUACGUACCUCUAAAUAGCAGCAUCAUGGCAAACGUGUCGAAGCCGAACACGCUCCCCUCGAAUGCCAUGGAGAUUUUCCUAACCGCCCAAGCUCCUGUACCCAUAACUGGCAGUAUAUGGGGAGCAGUUCUGAAGUAUAACUGCUCCGAGGUUCACAGGUUGGACGAGUUUACUAUCCUGAACCGGCGAAUCAACUCCUCAAAUCCAGCCUAUGUCCAACCUGCUAUAUAUAACGCCACUGACAUCGCGUACUUCUAUACUCUCGACGAUGGUUCAUCAAUAUCAGUGAUGAGCCAGCUGAAUGGUGGUCUCAUAAACGUCGCCGCCUUCGUUGAAGUAGGCAUGAGCACUGGCGUGAGCGACAUAUUGGACCGAACACCGUCACUGGGUUACACUAGCGCAAACUUAGGACUAGAUCAGGAGGAAGUCUUGGAGCUGGCCCUCUGGCAAACUUUCUGGAAUCCACCAGGCACAUUUGGCAAUUUCACAAAUGUGCAAGACCCGAUUCCGGAGCUGGAGGACGAGCACUAUGAGCCACAGAAUCCCUUCGGGGCCGGUUACCCGUGGAAUGGAAAUAUGUCAGCCAUUGGCAUUCGGUGCACUUCCUCGUCAGUGACUGGAACAGCAACAGUGAACGGUUUAGUAGGAACUUACACCGAUUUUGAGCGCGAAGAUCCCAACAUGGACCACUUCCUCACCCCUAGACUCAGCCUCGGCGUCCCGUUAAUGUUCAUCCCACUCGAACAAGCUGCUAAUGACUUUGUGGACUUUGGGUAUCACGGAGGAUUGAAGUCUCUUGGCAACAAUUCAGUCAACUACACUGUACUGAAGACUAAGUAUGACUGGAUCAAUCCACUCUUCAUGGCCGCCAACCCAGCUAUCGAUCUCGACGAAACAUCCCCCGGUUUCGCCUACUAUAGUUCCCUUAUCCAGACGUCCGAUCUUCGAGAUGCCUUUAUUACCGCUUAUCAACAAUAUGCAAUCCAGCUUAUGUUCUAUGGCACCAAUGGCGGCGCGGCUUGGGAAAAUGAUAACGUCACCACUGCCGCCCCGUGGACUAUUCUCCAGGCUGGCGGCGGUGUACCACCCCUCUUGGUCGUCAUUACCAUGCUGAUCUGGGCCGUUGGUUGUGCUGGUCUGUCCCUCGCAUAUGGCUUUGAGAAGCGCUGGGCAGAGACAUUUGAUGACCACUAUCUCUAUUGCCUCUGCGAUGAGAAGCGCCUGGAUAUUUCAAAAAUCUUCAAGAGUGACUAAUUUAUAUUACAGAUAUUAUAGCCCCCAGGCUUUCCUGAGACUGGCUCAAGAAACACUGCACGUGACGG